GAGCCAACAUGCCCGAUACAGUGAAGCUGUCGAAACACAGAGGCAAGGUGUACGUGGGUUUGAGCGACGCCAUGUCUUCUGCCUCCUCCAGCCACCGGGAGAACAGGUCUCUGAGCAGGGAUAGAUCAUCAGCCGCCACGACCAUAGGGCGAGCGUCUAUCAUAGACUGGUCCGACAACGCUUCUGAGGCGGGAGGAAGCGUCUCGUUGUCUGGUGAACUGACUGUUAUGCUACCCCCUGUCCCAGGAGUCCCCGCCAACCACAUGAACAACACAUCUCCUGGUCUGGACACAAGCGACUUUUUCCGUACCCGCACAACCAUCUACAACGGCCAGAUCACUCACCGCUCGCACAGGUCUAUGAACAAAUCGCCGAGACCACCUCCAUCCAGAGGGUCGCCGUCUAAGACGUUCCCGGGCUUCAGACCACCUCAAAAUUCUCCUUUCGUUUUUUACAAUCGCGGAGACGAGUUCUCAGCCUCGUUUCGGAGAGGAGUGACUCCGCGAAGCCCGAAGGACAACUCGGCUGUUGUUGUUUGCGGGGGAGGAAUUACGCCCCUUAUUUCUGACAGACAGCCCAAAUACAUGGGAUUUAGGAGAGAUAGCACAAACAUGGGUGGGAGAAGACGGGGACGGAAAUCUAGCACCGGGAAUACCUUGGGUAUGGCGAACUUUGACCUUCCAAUGAUUGAUCUGAAGUGUUUGGAAUCCCCUGUACCCAGUUUGGGUAAUCUGGAAGAGAAGGGAAUUAGGUUGGUGAAGCUUAGAAGACUGAAAAAGACAAAAAGAAAAUCAAUUUCACACGGGAAGAAUGGGGCGUCCAGUGAUGCCUCCCAACAAGAGGACAAUAGCAAGAAAGGGAGCAUGGCAGAAGACGGAAGUAAAGAAACCGACAGAGAGGAAAGCGGUUAUGUCAUUGCUACUCCUCCAGAAAAUGUCAAUGUCGUAGCUGCGGACAGCGAGGAAAGUGUGAAGGUAGAACGAAUCACAGAAGAUGACAGGAGUUCGUUGACGACAUCAUCCGGGCAUAGUACUACCAGGAGAUCUCUGAAGGUGGAUACUGGACUUUUGCUGGUCAACAGAGAACCUUACUCUACUCCUCUCUUACCUGAUGUGGACACGUCUAGGUCACAAGAAAAAAGCCCUGGCGCCGGGAAACAAUCUUCUAUAGGGGGAAUGCCGAAAUUACCUGUAGGGGCGACACCGAAGCUGGUCGUAAAUGAAACGCCGAGGUUGGUUGUGGGUGAUACGCCGAAGUCGGACGCGGGCAUCACCUCCUUAACAGUGAAGAAUGAGGGUCCAGAAGACGACGAUGUUUUCAAAAGUGAUAGUAAUGAAGGCAAAAAUGACCCGCCCGUCCAAACCAUUGUUGUGAUGGUAGAGACAGUCGACGCAACGCCUGUGCCGCCCUUAUCCCCCCCGAUAAUAGACGAUGGCUAUACAAAUAACGACGACGACGACGUCGUUGAUGAGGUAGCGUCCGUGGCCGGCUCAAUCCCGCGUGGGCGCAAAACGAAACGCUCUUCUUCGUUGCUCUCCGUUCCCACGUCAGACAUCAUGACCGAGUUCAGACCUGCCUUGAAAUCGACGUCGUCUGCACCUGCUGUGGAUGACUCCCCAAGACGAGAAGAGAGUCCUCGUCAAGGCAGGACGAUCGCCACACAGACAACGCCGCCUCUAGAGGACGCUUGACCAUCCCAGCGGCUCCCAUAGACUUGUACUUGUAUAAUAAUAUCCCAGAUGGAGCACUGUUUUGGUCGUUGCCGCACUUUACUAUCUAUUUUAAAAAAAGCUUUCCUGCGCUGGGGAGCACCAUUGGCGCAUAAAUGAAAGGCAAACAAGCAGCCUUGCUAUAGUCUAGCGCGUGUGUAACCUCUUCGUCCUUGUCCUUUAUUUGACUCCAAAACAAUCGAAUGGUAAGCUCCAUGGUGAGCUGGAAUAACGUCAGUAUGUUCAGUCUUGGAUAUUACCAUACAGGUCAAUGGUGGCUCUUAUUAAGUCUUAAUGUUUUUCUGGAACACUGUACUGUUCAGCUGUGGAAUACUGAGAGUUGAGAGCGAACGCUGUGGCCAGCACAAUGUACCAAACAUUAAAACCUUCCGUGGUUUCUGUUCUGUAGGGAUGAUUUGAAUAAAGUGUUUGGAUCUUAACUUUGUAUUAUACAAUUGGCUCUCCAGGUCUCAGCUGAUGAGCGGUAUUUUACGGUUUGAUAUAGUUCGUUCAACUGGAACUGGUGAUGACCUAUAACAUCUAAGGAAGAAGAGAAGGUAUAGGCCUUAUCUUCCCUGGUGAUAAACGAUCGGUAGGAAAACAACGACGAAGUCGAUGAAGUAGCGUCCGUGACUGGCUCAAUGUUGUGGUAUGGAUUGAUAUGGUUCGUUCAUGAGGAAGAGGAGUGAAGGGCCUUGUGCGGUAGAUAUCAUGACAAAGACAAGUUAGUAAAGGAAAUAAUAGAAAGUGACUUGCAUUGAUUAAAAAACGUCACAACUCGUCGCAGGUAGCGGCGCCUUACCCUCUGUUACAGUGGUGUGCUUAUCUGCCUAAAUAUAAUAGUAUGGUUGUGAAGUAGGUUAAAC